AGGACACAAACUCGCCUCUUUCGCUUUGUCUCUCUCGUCUCUAAGCAGUAGCAGAUCUGAGUUUUGGAGAGUUCAAAGGAAGAAGAUAACUCCAAUACCAGAGUGAAAGCAUUCAGGAAACAUGCCUCCUCAGAAGAUUGAAACUGGUCAUAGCGACACUAUUCAUGAUGUGGUCAUGGAUUACUAUGGAAAGCGAGUAGCAACUGCCUCGUCUGACUGCACGAUCAAGAUAACCGGAGUAAGCAACAGCGGUGGAUCUCAGCAUCUAGCUACCUUAACCGGUCAUCGAGGUCCUGUCUGGCAAGUCGCUUGGGCGCACCCAAAGUUUGGUUCACUUCUCGCUUCAUGUUCCUAUGAUGGGCAAAUUAUAUUAUGGAAAGAAGGUAACCAAAACCAAUGGACACAAGCUCAUGUCUUCACAGACCACAAAGUAUCUGUCAACUCUAUCGCUUGGGCUCCUCAUGAACUUGGACUCUCCUUAGCUUGCGGAGCAUCUGAUGGAAACAUAUCAGUUUUCUCGGCUCGAGCUGAUGGCGGUUGGGACACGACAAAGAUAGACCAAGCACACCCUGUUGGUGUCACUUCAGUGUCGUGGGCACCGGCCACAGAACCAGGCGCACUCGUUAGCUCUGGUAUGAUCGAUCCGGUCUACAAACUAGCAUCCGGCGGGUGUGAUAGCACGGUGAAAGUGUGGAAGUUCUCGAACGGGUCAUGGAAAAUGGAUUGUUUCCCGGCUCUCAACAAGCACACGGAUUGGGUCCGUGAUGUGGCUUGGGCACCGAACUUGGGUCUCCCAAAGUCAACCAUAGCCAGUGGUUCAGAAGAUGGGAAAGUGAUCAUAUGGACCAUAGGGAAAGAAGGUGAGCAAUGGGAAGGUACUGUUUUGAAAGAUUUCAAAACACCAGUGUGGCGGGUCUCGUGGUCGUUGACCGGUAAUUUGUUGGCUGUUUCCGAUGGGAACAAUAACGUUACAGUGUGGAAAGAGUCUGUUGAUGGAGAGUGGGAACAAGUGACUGUUGUUGAGCCAUAGAUUGUUGUUUGUUUGUUUGGUUAUCUUUUGUUUUGUGGUAAUAUCAAAAUGUGGUGUGUUCUGUAUACAAUUUCUAGGGACCUGUUUCUCUCUAUACGUUUCUCAGGAAAGUAUAUUCUUAUGUAUUUUAAUCAGACAACAGAGAUUGCAAAAGAAAUGUAUUUUUCAUAAAACUUUUUAAUUCCGAUAAUGAGUUUUUUUU